AAAAUAUAUAAAUGAAUAAAUUUGUAGGUGCUGGGCUUUUUGCCAAUGAUACAGCACAGUAAUGUUUUGUAUGAACAAGUUUGACAAAGAACUGGAUUUUAAACUGGUUGGAUGGACGAGAAAGUAAAGGAACGCCCUCGAACCAAACGCCGUGGUGGUGUUUUGAUGAAAAAAGGCAAAUUAAAAGAAUCUCCAAAUGCCGAUAAUGCCCCGGAAUUAAUUAAAUCAAAUCCGGAGCCCAAAAGUGAAGAAUCUGUUGGGAAAUCUAUAGGUUCAGCUAAGCUCAGUCCAACCGAUCUACAGCUACUAAAUAAGAAACCUGACGUGGCCCCUGCCUUUAAAAAGACAGCGUUUAACGACAGAAGAAGCAGUUAUGCAGGAGUUACUAAACACGCCACGAAAAACAAUGCAUUUCUCUCUGAUCAAAGAUCUCGAAGAAAAUCAUUUGAUUUAAGGGGAAAGAGUGAAACGAAAGUAAAGUUGGACCAAGACAAGCAUAUGCCUGCAAAUGAAACGUUAACGAAGCAGCAAGUACUUGCCUUUAAAGAAGCAUUUGAUUUAUUUGAUAAUAAUGGAGGUGGAACAAUUGAUGCUCUAGAAUUAAAAGAAACGCUUGAAUCUGUUGGGAUAAUGUUGGAUGAAGCUGAGAUACAUGAUGUUAUGAUGAGAUUAGAUAAAGAUGGUAAUGGAGAAAUUGACUUUGAAGAAUUUUUGGAUUUGAUGACAAACACAGAGAUGUUUCUGGAAGCAUUUGCUUCUAGACAUGAUGGGAGUACUGACAACUACAACAGAGAAAGAGAUGUUUUGCUGUUUGAUGCUUUAACUGAGUUCAUGAAGAAAUCUGCAUUGAAGGAAGCUCAUGAAAUAGUUGGAUACUAUGCCAAGAAAUAUAAGAAGGUUGUUAAGUCAUAUAACGCAAACAAAGGAGCUCAUGUGGUCGGCCAUUAUGCUGAUGGUGCUCGGUUGAUUGGACUAACUGAAAAACAAAUUGUACAGCAGUUAAAGAAGCUACAACUAUGUCAGAAUUUUGAAAAUAAGGGUGAGAAAGAAAGUCCAUAUGCACAACCUCUACAACUUUCUGUGUUAAGAUCCGUUACCACCACCCCUAAUAGUCGUAGAAGAAAAAAUAAACAAAGGCCAAGAAAACGACCAACACUAAGUUCGUCAGCCAAUUUAAAGAAAGAAUCAUUGCAUUUACAUCAUCAACGUUUUAUGGACAAGUUACCAACACAAUCACAACUCACAAGGCGUCCUUCAUCUUCUGAUACAAACAUACAGCAGUUUAUGAAAGCCAAGGAACCGCAUACAAAGCAUAGAAUUGUUUUAAAGAUAAUCAACAACGACUUAUUCCAUAGAGGUUCUAUGAAAUCUGGAAGUGGCUCAACUAAACAAGAUUCGAAAAAGAAAUCAACAGCUCUAAAUCAUCACAAAGAUGAAGUUGAAGAACACAAACCUGGCUGGCUUAGUCAGAGAAACAAGAUGUAUAAUGUUGUUGUUACAAUGCCAGUUAAAUACAGCCAUGUCCAAGUCGACCAUUUGCCAAAGCUUAGAAAGAAGGUAGAGCAAGCAAAACAGAAGUUCAGUGAAGAAAUAUCAAAAAAGAAAAUCCAAAGUAAUAUUCGUCAUUACAAAGAAUUAGAUUCAAGACGAAUUCCAUCAACAACGUUAUAUGAACAUUUCCAACGAGUGUUUUGUGCAUACAGCAGCGCAGAGACCAAUAACAGAACAUGUGUGUCAGCUGACCAACUAAAAAAAGCAAGUCAACACAAUAACUUUCACAGAAGGCAACCUUCACAAUUUCCAUUCUAUCUUUCCCAUAGUAAAAAACAAUAUUAAGAAUUAAAACAAAUGCACUUGAGAUGUUCUUGAAU